AUGUUCUCCUACAGCCACAUUCUAGAUAUGUUCUUCUACCGCCCUACUCUAGCGAUGCUUCCCCCGAGAAUUGAUGGCCGUAUCUGGGCCGAGGCUGGUCCACUGAGCCGCCCCAAGCGGCACAUCCUGCAACUGUGCACGUUGGUGUCUGUACACACCAACAGGGCCUGCUGGGACUACAACAACUACGGUUGUUUCUGCGGCCUGGGCAACGCUGACAGUUCUCCCGUGGACUCCGCCGACAGCUGUUGCCGAUCACACGACCGCUGCUACACAAACAUCCAGUGCUUCUUGCUGUACCCCCAUUUUGUGAGCUACUCGUACGAGUGCACUUCCGCCGGAUGUCAAUGUACAGAUUCGCCGACAGUGUCGCCGUGUGCCUACUUCACGUGCAAGUGUGAUCUCAAACUGUCCCGAUGUCUGGCCAAGGCGCCCUUCAACCCCAGCUUCAGCAGCUACAACAGAGACCAGUGCCCCAAGUCCAGCUCUAGCACAACCAGAAGGAGAAGGAAAAAGAAAUCUGUCAAGAAAAUGAAAGCACGCCGUCUGAAGACACAACAGAAAGGUAAAAGCAACGGCAAAGAGAAAAAAAAACAGAGGGAAAACCGGCAGUGA